AUGCCAGGAAAAGUUGCCGCAGCGCCUGCUGCUGUUGGCACUGCAGGUGUGUCCUCUGCUGCCAAGACGGUGACCAGGACUCGCAGCGCUGCUACGGCAGCUGCACCGGCACCGGCAACUCGAAGCACAGCCAGCUCCUCGUCCGUAGCUAAAGCGGCGCCCUCAAAGACGACGAGUGCAUCAUCUAGCACGACUCGGGCUGCUUCGGUAAGCAGAUCGACGACGAGACCAGCAGCGGCGACUUCAUCCGAAUCAUCCAGCCGUUCAAACUCUUCCUCCGCUCCUUCCACUUCUGCCACUCGAUCCACAAACACCGCUGCCUCAACCAUCUCCACGGGCUCCUCUGCAGCGAGAUCUCGUACAGCAUCCACAUCGAAAACGACCUCGACAAACAGCGGAUCAGCAAAGAAAUCUGCGGCAACAGCCCGCUCUUCUGCCGCCAGAAUAGCCAGUAGCCAAACAGUGGUUCCACCAACAACCAAGCCGCUGACAGCCACAGUAGAUGGAGCGUGGACCGAGGCAGAGGUGCUCCAAGCGCUUGCAGCUCCCACAACAUUCCCCGUCGUUGUACCUCACUUUGUGCUUCUCCAACUCGGCAUGACUGCGCAGGCUCUGCAUCUCGAUGCAGAGCUCGACCGUGGCGUCACCUUCACCUCCCCUCCCACCGCUCUUGCUCCUGCCCGUCGCGUCUACUUUGCCAAGCAAAUCGUCAAUGCCGGACUUUCACUCCUGUCCAGCUUGACCACAUCAAACUGGUCUGCCACUGCCACUGCCACCGCCGCCUCUUCCCAGCUCACCCACGUUCUUGCUGCCGUCAACACCUACCGUAUUGCUGCGCGUUUCCUCCUUGUACCGCGCGACGAAGGUUCCUGCAAGGCUGCAGGCAAACAGAAAGAGCUUGAGGUUGAGACCGUCGUCCUGCGCACCUGCAACAAGCUCAAUGUAAUUGGAUUGGCAAGUGCGGCUCGUGCCGACUGCAAGUAUUUGGGACGACUUGCUGCUGCUAUCGACGAUGCCGUAGCGGAUCCCGACGCAGUCCCGCGCUCUAUGCUGCUGCCGCCAUUCCAUACUCCGGGUGACUCGAUAUCCGGGGCCUCUUCAGCACGUAUCUCGUUCCUCGUCGAACUGCAGUCCAGCAGUGCAAUCCACGCUCUGGAGACAGCCGACUCGUCUGCGCUCGACUCCAUCGUCGUCGACCUCAAUCACGAACAAGGGCCCCUCGCAUGGCAGCUCUACGCCCGUCGGCACGGUGGAGAGGUACGUGUACUAGACCGCGCCGCUUUUUCAAUAGAGCGUGCCAUCUCCAAAGCCUUGCAGCGACUCGAUGCACCCAACCGCCAGGAACACCUGCCUCUGCGCACUCUCGCCUUGCAAUUGCUCGCUCAAGUGAGUGACAUCGACCUCACUGCCUUCUGGGAGCGCGUAGCACGAGUCGGAGGCGCCGUUCUCAAAACAGCCCAACAGGACGGAGAAGAUCUUGCAUCCGCCUACUGCGCUGUGCAAGACGCCUUCGAAACCAUCAUCGCCACUGCCAGAAACUUCGCCCAAAACUCGCAAGCAAAGGACAAGCUUCAAGGCGAUGGUUACCUGCGCUUCUGCGAGUACUGGCUCAGCUUUGCACGAAAAGCCGGAAGCUCGUUCGGAGUGGAGCGUGCUACCGCUGCCAUGUCAGCCACCAGCCCGUCGUCGCAGCCUGCCUCUGUGCAUCGUCCCUUGGCCAUCGACGACGCGGGCGCGGCUAAGGCAGACCCAACCAUAUCCCCUGAGCCGGCCAUGCAAAGACAACUGAACGACAAGGAAAUCGCCAAGGUAUGCGCUAUCCUCACGGGCAGCGUACUCGCGCUUGACAAGGUGCUUUCUGGCUCUUCGGAAGCAGAUACACAAGCCAAGCUCGACGAUGCAGCGAAGAUCCUUGGCAAGGAAGUGGCAGUUUGGCCUGCGAACAGCCCCAUGUCUUCCCAGCUCAAGCUGUAUCGUGUCGUCGAUCAACUGCAUCGUCGCAGCUGUACCAAGCUCAGUAAUCAAGGCUGCGACAGCAAAGGUCAGCCCAAACCAGACUCCACGGGCUCAGCCGACGUCGACAAACUCUUGCGCGCCUGCUUGCAACUGCUGCGUAGCCUCUUUCAACAUUCCGAGUCCGAUACGUCGGCAGAGUCACCUGAGCUGGGCUCUACUGCCAAGUCCACACCGACUCGAACCGCGCACCUCCCCAAUAGAGACGCUUGCUUGGCCGACAUCGUCUACGGCUACAGAGUGCUCGCCAACAAGCUCUUCAAUGUGAACUCUCGCAGCGCUCGCGAUGACGCUCUCAGGGAGAUGAAGGAUUGCUUCCAGCUUUUGCACAGCGAUACAGCUCGACAGAUGCCCCAAAAGGCACGCUCAGAACAUUUGCGGCUCCUGUCUACCAGCUUAUACAAUCCAGCGGGCAUCCUUUACAAUGCGGCCAACUAUGUCGAGGCAGCCGUCUUCCUCCAGCUCGCUGUUGACUGUGACGACGAGUCUAUGCAACUCCUCCCAUCGACAGACGAUCCGCUGUCGGAACAGCAACUUCAUGAUGAUACGCUGCGCAAACGACAAGAUGCUUUCAACAAGAAACUCGAAUACACGGCCGUCGCCUACCGCUUUGCCGGCAACAAAUCCGAGGCAUUGCAAGCAUACCGUCGACUGCUCUUUUCGCAUGCCCUUGCCAUGACCAAGGCACUCGAUGACCAGGCGAGUAGUAGCAGCAUCGAUGAAAUGUUCAAGUCCUCCGAAUGGAAAGGUCUGUCCACCUCGAUCAAGGCGAUUGUCGAUCUUUCCGUGCACGAGCUUGGCCACAUCAUGGAUCUGGAGGACCGCGAGCACAGCUUGGCCACUUGGCUCAUCCAAGACACGCAGAUGAAGCCGAGUGUCCAAGGCGCCGUCCUCGAGUACGCUCUUUCUCUGCUGGAAGCCCGCUCCCAUCUUUCAAACGCCGCAAGGGCCAUCUGCAACAUCCACCGUGCUCUGCUGAAAAUCUACGCUGCAUCAGAUUUUCCACUUCGUCGCGCCAGAACCUUGGCGCGAAGACUCGACAUGGACGCGCUAUCUCACUCCCUGACCCUGGCAGAGAAAGACGUUGCCAGGCUGGAAGAAGACGCGCUUACCUGUCUCGGUGGCCUUUCGCUUGGACAAGAUGAAGGUCUGCGUCACUUUCACGCGCAGUAUCGCUGUUCCGUGCUGCUAUCGACGGCGCUGCAUGCUCGCUUACGCCAGCCUUUCGAUGACCCGCAGGCGGUAUCCGCCAAGGUCGAGUCGGCGUGCAAUGGUCUCUCGUCGUCAUUGGUAGCAUCAUCAAAGGUGGUACAACCUGCGAGGCCUCUGGCAUCUCGCUGCUCGCCAAAGAGUGGAGGAGCGAUGCCAACGGUGACGCCUGGGAUGCGAGGCGUUCCUCGCAAGGCGACAGCAGCGCCAGGCAGAGCUGCGACGACACGAAAGGCUCUCGCUCCGCGCUCGGCUCCAUCGCAGCCUACUGCAACACCCGCCAGAGACCCUUCAACACCUCCUUCGAAAACCGGCAGACCGGACUUUGACUUGACUGCUCCUACGCUGAACCGACGUGCCCCUCAAACGAGCAAUGUCGCUGGACGUGGCAAACUGGACCGUGCCGAGCACUUCUGCCAGUCUAUGCUCGCUUUCCACGAGGCCUUCUCCACUCUUGCUUUGACUCGCUGCAGCGUGCAGAUCCUCAAAGCCGUGCGAGUAGCAACGCGUUCUGGUGCCGAAAUCGUGACCGGGUUGGAAGAAGCCUUUUGUCGUGCGUCGAUCGACCUGUCAAAGACAUACCUCGCCCUCGGUAAAGUCACUCGUGCAGAGACCGCCCUUCGAUCGGCUACGGCUGUGCUCUCGAGAAAUGCAUCGCCGAGCUCCCCUUCUAGCAAGCUGCUGCUUGUCUCGCAGGACGUUCGAUUUCAGUGCUCGAUGGCACAAACACAGAUCCUCGCCCACGGAGGCGAUCUUGUCGGUGCACAAUCACGCUUUGCUGAAGGUCUCAAGCUUGCAAGAACACCGAGCAAAAGCGAAAAGCCCGGGUCUAGCUCGCUGGACCGGCUUCGUCAGCGCGAAAGGCAGGCGAUCGCAUUCACGGUGUGUGCGCAGGUGCAGAUGGCACGCAGGGAUCUGGCCGCCAGCAUCGAGUCGACCACGCUCGCUCUGCGCCAGCUCAUUCGGCUGUCUGGCAAUCUCUCCCACAUUGCCAGCAAGACUCAAGAAUCGCAGCAGGACCAAGCACAACAGGCGCAAUCGGAUGAACUCGCGCCUUCGAGCGAUAUCGACAUGGACCCGCCCGAGGAGCAGUACAAGAAGCAGGAUCAGCAGCAGCAAGAGCAGCAGCUUCCCAAAUUCAGCAGUGCCACGUUCUCAAGCCUCUUCUGGAGAUGCUGUGGUCUUUUGCUCGACAACUACUUGCGACUGAGUCGACUGCAUAGCAUCCGUGGCUCGGCAGGAGAUGCCGAGGCCAUCGCUGGAGAAGGCAUUGAUUUUGCCACUUCCCUGCGCUUUGCCUUGCCUCUUGCUCAGGCGCUCAUCCUACGAGGAGAACUCCGACUGCUGCUCAAUCGAUCCGAACAAGGCCAAGAGGACCUGUCGCGCUGCCUCGAGGUCCUGCAGAACACAUGGAUCCCGCAAGUAGUGUCGCUCUCCUACGUCCAAGGCGACUGUCUCAUGCGCAUCGAGCAGCUUGGCGAGGCUCUUCGCUCCUACACCGUGGGUGAGGCCACGCUGCGCUCCCUCAGCUCCGCUUUCGUCGAUGCUGAAAACUCUCUGUCUUCGCCUCGAGCCCCGACGCAUCGCCGCAGGAAAUCCAGCCUGUCGUCGCCUGCUGCACAGAUGCGCGCCCGACUGAGCUCUAGCGGCCUAGAGGCGGACUUGGUGCUGCCUGAACUACAGUCGAGGCUGCUGCAAAGGCAAGCUUGGAUCUUGCACCUCAUGAACGAACCGGAGAGAAGCGAAGAGGCGAUGGACAAGGUCGCCUCGAUCACGGACGGUCUUGCUACGGUCGAUGCGCGAGUGGACCAGUUUGUGCUGCAGGGUAGAAUCGCGCUGCGAAGAGCGCUCGACCAUCUCAAAGAUGACCACUUCUUCAGUAUGCUGCCCGAAGCGGCCCUCUCCAUCCCGAUGGUCCCAUCCGUCAGCGUGCGGACGCUCGUCGCCGCUACCGGCUCGCAUCAUCGAAGCAUCUCCGAAGACACGGUCAAGACAGCGCUCGAAAUGCUCACGCCUGCUGAUUCCGCCUUCCGAGAGGCCCUUUCUCUCGGCCUGCUGACGUCGCACUCGCUCACGCUGCGUGAAGCUCUUGCCAGUCUCGCCCAAGUCUAUACCACGCAAGCGGCCCUGGGCAAGAAUGUCAAGAUGGCAGCCAACGCCGCCGCCGCGCUCCUGGAUUGGGCGUCGAGUGUCUGUGUUCACCGCAAUCUGUUGAUGGCCAUCUCUGCCAAGUUGCGUGGUCCGAACGUGGCCAUGGAAGACCAGGAAUGGCCCAGUCUCAGUGGCAUCGAACAGCAAGAAAACGCGCUUGUUCUUCGAACGCAGCAUGGGCUCGGUGGGCAGGAAGAAGAACCAGACGAGGAGGAAGCACUACCGAGUCGAUUGGCCAAGUUGUCUCUGCACAAAGCGGCUCGUAUCUCGCAAGAUCGUUCUGCGGGGACGAGCAACCCGUUUUCUGCGUUCUGGCAGUCGGUGCGUCUGCGUCAUCAGCAAGCGCAGCAUGAGCCCGGCUCGACCAAGCCCCUACUGCCUCGAAACUGGACUGUGAUUUCGAUAUCAGUGCGAAGCACCGACGUCGAGAAUCUGGUGCUGACGCGUCAGGAAGGUGGUGGAGGAUUGGACAGCUGCACUGCCAAGGAAGCGGUGCUGUACAGCUUGCCGAUCAAUCGUCGCAGUCAGAGGGACGGAACGGAAGAGGAAGAGGAGCAGCUGACGCUACAAGCUGCGCAGGACAAGCUGGUGGAAAUCGUGCGUCUGAGCAACGACGGCAUCCACGGUGUUAAGGAUGUUCAAAGCAUCGAUGCGCGGAGACAAUGGUGGAGCGAGCGUCACCGUCUCGAUGACGAUUUACGCGACCUGCUUCAAGCAAUUCAAGAUACGUGGCUAGGCGGCUUCAAGGGCGUUUUCUCCGAGCCAGCGUCCGAUGCUCGAGCCAUCACAGCGUUGCGAGCGAGAUUCGAAAAGAUCGUCCGACGAGCCUGCUUCCCCACCGCGAAUAAGCGACCCGCCAAACUCAAGCUGGACGAUGCGGUGUUUGAAUGCUUCGCAGGUCUGCCAGCCGAUUGCACGGAUGAAGAUCUGGAGGACCUGGUGCACUAUGUUAUGGACGCGCUGCAGUUCAGCGGCUUCCAGGUGGCGGUUGACGAGAUCGACCUGGACGAAACGGCAAUGGACCUGCGCGGAGCAUUGGAAGAAUUCAACGGCAAGAAGGCACAGUCGUCACCCAACAAGACGAACAUGGCGUACGUGGCCGUCGACGAGGAAGAGCAGAUGCAAGACCACCACGUCUUUUUGGUGCUUGACAAGAACACGGCGGUGUUCCCUUGGGAGUCGAUGCCCAUCCUCCGCAACCGGGCGGUGAGCCGCAUUCCAUCGAUGGCGUUCCUGCAGGAUCGGAUUGAGAUGGCCAAGAUCUUUUGUCGCAAGCCGGUCCAAGGCCAGGACGAAGAGGACGACGACGAGUUGGGCGGGCCGGAGUUGAGCCCCUUGCAGAAGGGCAAACAGGCAGCUCGGUCUAGGUCGCGGUCGCCCACCAAGUCAUCUCGGCCAGUCAAAGAGCCGACACUGGGCAGCAGCAAGCAUGGCAGGCCCACAGAGGACCACGCGAUGGCAGCGGCUUCGCACUCAGCAUGGCAGGUGGCGCUGCGCAACGGCAAGCUGUUCAGCCUGUCGAAGCGCAAGACGUUCUACCUGCUCAAUCCGGGCGGGGAUCUGGUGCAAAGCCAGGAUCGGUUCGAGCCAUGGCUACAGGGACGCAGUGCCACUCACGGAUGGAGAGGCAUCGUUGGUCGACAGCCCAUCGUCGACGAGUUCCCCGACGCGCUGUCCACGUCCGACUUGGUGCUCUACUUUGGCCAUGGAGGCGCCGAGCAGUUUAUCCGACAGUCCAAGGUGCGCGAGCUGCAACGAUGUGCAGUGGCGAUGCUGUGGGGCUGCUCGUCGGCCAUGCUGCAUAACAAUGGCGAGUUUGACGGCACGGGUACACCGCUCAACUACAUGUGCGCCGGUGCUCCUGCCAUGGUGGGCAACCUAUGGGAUAUGACGGACCGCGAGCUCGAUUCCGUCUGCGAGGGCGUCUUUGGCCGCCUGGGACUCAUGGAAGCGGGAGAGCGGGCCGAGGUGAAAGCAGCGGCGCGCAACAUCAAGACGGAUCGCAACGGAAAUCUCGAGGCCAGUCGAGCGCCCAGCGAGAUGUCGUUGGCCCGCGCUAUCGCCGAGAGCCGCAACGACUGCAGAUUGCCGUACCUCACGGGUGCUGCUACCGUUGUCUAUGGCGUGCCUGUCUACUGGAAUGAUGGCGAUCUUUGA